AUGGAGGUAAAUAUCCUUGGAGUUAGUGAAGUCCAUUGGCCUGGCACUGGAAUGAUUAAAUCGAAAGGUAAAGUCUUUUACUAUUCCGACAAUGGCAGUAUUGAUCAAAAUCAUCAGCGAGGGGUUGGUAUUUUAAUGGAUGAGAAUUUACAAAAGUCAGUGAAGAACUUUAUUCCUCUCUCAGAAAGGGUAAUUCUAAUUCAGUUACUGGACAGGCCUAUUAAUAUCAAUAUCAUCCAGGACUAUGCUCCAACAGCAGAAAAGGCAGAGGACGAGAUUGAAGACUUUUACAGACAACUUGAUCAGGUGCUAAGACUCACAAAAAGUAAUGAAAUAAACUUGGUUUUGGGAGAUUUUAAUGCCAAAGUCGGUAAAGGCAGGUUGGGAUCUGUUGUCGGAAAUUAUGGUUUAGGUGAAAGGAAUGACAGAGGUGAGAAAUUGAUACAAUACUGUGAAGAAAAUAAUCUUACAAUCACAAAUAGAUGGUACAAACUCCCAUCUAGACGACUUUAUACCUGUAAGUCUCCACAAGACAAUGAUUACCGUAUUGUUCGUAAUCAAAUAGAUUAUAUACUAAUUAAUAAUAGAUUUAAAAACCUGAUCACAAAAGUAACUACAAUGCCAGGUGCCGAUAUUGAAUCGGACCAUAAUCCAUUACGUGCCAACAUCCUAUUGCGUUUUGCCAAACCUAAACGAAAAAGCUUGAGAAAGAACUUGGAUCCAAAACUUCUCAGAGACCAGCAGAAAAGAUCAAUGAAUGAAAACCAUAUAAAAAUAGAAUUGGAAAGUAUUGUCAGUACAAAUGACAUUGAGAAACAUUGGCUGGGCAUUAAGCAAGCUUUCAAGAACACAAAUGAAAACCUCCUCACGGCUAAUCGAACAACAGCAAAAAACGAGUGGAUGAGUGAAGAUAUUUUAAAAAUGAUGGAACAACGAAGACAAUUUAAAAUCCAGAAUAAUCACAACGAAUAUAAAUCGAUGCAAAGAAAAAUUCUUAAUAAAAUAAGAACGGCAAAAGAGACAUGGUUGAAGGAGAGAUGUAUAGAGGCCGAAAAUCUCAGUCACCUUGGAGACAGUUUCCAUCUUCACAAGAAAGUGAAAGAGAUAGCUGGGUUACACCAUAAUAACUCAAUAACCCUAAUUAAAACUGAUGAAAAUAAAAUUGUAACGGAAACAGAAGAACUAUUGCAAACUUGGAGAAAUUAUACCAUUAAUCUUUUUCAACGACAAAAAGAUCAGAAAACCCUGCAACUGAGAUUCCCAUGCCAUCAGGACCAAGCAUAUUGGAAAGUGAAAUUAUUCAUGCGAUUAGAUUAA